AUGCCGACCACACGAUCUGCCAGGAACCAAAAGCCCAGCGGCGCGGAGGACGAUGCCGCUGGCUCGAAGCACGACCUUGGGGAAAAGCCGGCCCCGGACACGAAGAAGCAAAAGACCAUAGAAGAGACGCUGGAAGGCAGCGAUGAGGGAAAACGUAAUGGCACAAAGACGGAUCAGAAGAAAACUGAGAAGCCAGAGAAGUCGGCCAAUGACGACGAUUCGGAUCCCGCCAAGAAGACCGACAACGACGACAAGCCAUCUCAAAAAGACAGCAGCAGCAGCAGCAACAAGACCAAAAGUGACAAGAAAGAGUCCGGGCCAGGAGCAACAGCAGCCCCACCACCAGACAAGUCGACGACCGCAGUCGAGGAAGGCGAGCGAGAGGCCGUUCCCUCCAGCAUUCUCGAGAAGGGCAUCAUCUACUUCUUCUUCCGGGGCCGCGUCAACAUCGAGGAGCCGAGCAACGUCGGCGAGAUCCAGCGGAGCUUCAUGAUCCUGCGGCCCAUCGCCACCGACGCCAAGCUGGGCGACGGCCCCAUCGGCGACGCCGGGAACAGCCGACUGAUCGCGGUGCCGAAGAAGGUCUUCCCCACGAGCGGCAGGGAGCGCUGGAUCGCGUUCGUCGAAAAGACGCACGCCUCGUUCGGGGCCCUGCGCGAAGAGUUCCUCGCAGGCAACGACUACAUGACCAAGACGGCCGGCGCGCGGCACACCCCGGCCGCGCGGCCCGCCGCCGAGGGCGUGUACGCCAUCACCACGACCGGGCGCGAGAGCCACCUCGCGUACAUGAUCACGCUCCCGAGCGAGCUUGGGGGACUCCAGAGCGAGCUCGGGCUGAAGGACAAGGGCAGCUUCAUCCUCAGCACGAGAAAUCCCGCCUAUGAUGCUCCCAGGGGUACCGCCUUGCCCGAAGGUCCUGAUUAUCCCGAGGAGGUCCAAGAAUCGUUUCGUUCGCUCCGAUGGCAGCCCACGAAGCCCGAGCACCUCGACUACGUCAACUCCCAGUUCCUGCUCGUCGGCGAGUCCAACGGCAUCGCAAACGCACUCGAGCACGACCAGGACGGCAAAGAGGACGAGAAGCCCCGCGAGGAGCUCCAGAGGCUGGAGGACGAGGACACGCACAGGAUGGAGGAGCUAAAAGGUGACGACUCGGCAGCCAUCUUUGCAGAUCUGGGAGCUCGCGCUGGGGACUAUCCCAAGCUCGAGACUACGUUUUGA